ACACACAUAUACACAACAUCAAUAUUUUCAAAUUGCACAUCAACGAUCCCACGUUUUAUAUUCUUACACAUAACAUCCUUAACUUUCUUGAUCCUGUUCCCUCCUUUUCUUCAAGAUGUCCGACUACACCCAAGAGAGGCUCAGGUCCCUACUCUAUAGGACUCAGAAGAAAAAGGGACCCCUCAUGCCACCACCAGUUUAUCCUGUCACUAUCGAUGACAACCUUGUCUUUCUUUGGAGAGCUAUCCAGCACUCGAACUACACGAAGAUCGACUUCAAUCUCCUCGGAAACGAUUUCCAGUUAAAUCGCGAAGAAGCCCUUGAAUGCUUCAGAGAACUGAGACGAGCCAUUGAAGACGCAGUCUACAACAAUUACAUGGAAAGGUCCAACGAUCGACGCGAGAGUGCUGGUCCCACGAACAUCCUUGGGCUUGCUGUUCGUCGUCGAAAGGAAACUGUUGAAGACGCUGAGGUGAUUCCUUGGCUGUUGGAUUAUCUAGGCCCGGUGCUUCGAAAUCUGGCGCUUCCAACGCCAAUGCAUCCAACGCUGGUCCUUCGCGUGUCAGUACUCCUGUUACUGGUAGUUCAAAGGCUGGCUCUUCUAGUGUUGGUACUUCCAAAGUUGGUAUUACGGAGACUGGUUAUCGGAAUGCUGGCUCGUUGAAGCAAGUAUCUUCAGCUUCAAGUCAGCCUGCUCCUGGGGCUGGUCGUCCCAACACUGAACCUUCUAAUGCGGUCGCUUCGCAAGCCAGUACUCGCCCUCCCAGCGGCGGUUAUCCGAGCACCAGUCGCCCCAGUG